GAGCAUACUCCUCUUAAGAUGCUAAUCAGAAAGAUCAACCUCCUACAAGUUUCAGUAUGUUUCUUAAGCAGCAACCAAACUUCAUUCCCUUCAGAACGAGACAGAAGCUGUAGACUCAACCAUGAGAACUCCAGGGAUCCUGAUAUUCGGCUUGGUCAUGGCACCCUGUGGAUGGAUCCUGGACCUGGUCAGCACAGUUGCACCCAACUGGCGCACCAUUAACAACCUUGCUAAUGAACCUACAGACCUGGUGGUGGAGCAGGGCAUUUGGGACAUCUGCAACAUCUUUACAACAUCAAGAACACAACAGUGUAACCUUAGAAGCAAUGACCAAACAUAUUUUAACAAUCAGAUAAUAUCGAUAGCUCAAGGAAUGAUGAUCGCAUCCUUGAUUGUAACCGCGGUUGGUCUGGCUGUGGCAACUCCUGGGGUCAGAUGCUGGAAAGAAAAACCCAGAUGGAUGCUGGCUGCCUUUGGUGGUCUCCUUAUCUUCUGCUCUGGAGUUCUGGCCAUCAUUCCCAUUGCAUGGUACACCUACCUGCUAACCAGCCUUAACUCCACCUCAGUGAAAAGAGAUCCGGCAAAAGCAGAUGACAUUCGUGUGGGAUACUGUAUUGUUCUGGGCUACAUUGGAGGUAUCAUGGAGAUCCUUGGGGGCUUUGUGAUGUUUCUUGGGAUAAUCUCCUGCUGUGGAGGUCGGAACCGUGGAGAAAAGCCUCAAACCAACGCAGGCAGAGCAACAUUUAGACCAAGGCCUGUCCCGAGGGUCAACCUACCUAGAAGCUACAAUGUAGGCAGUGAAAGAAGCAGUGUACCGUACUCUAAAAAGUCACUGGAUGAUGACCUUGACUUCCCACGAGCUAAACAAGGAGGGAGGGACAGGGGGUCUGUCAAUACAUCAUACAGUAGCAGACCUUACGACGCUGAUCUGUAAAAUUCCACACCUAAUGAUGCAUUAUUUGUGUACCAUGGGAAUAAAUAUAUAAGACCUGAUGGCUGUUUAAACAAUGUGUGUGAACACUCUUGGUACAUGACAAACAACUUGUUACACCAGUCUUUUUCCUACUAUUGCAAAAACUUUGAGUGUUUACAAGAGUCAUUCAUUGUGUCUGAAGUUGGACUUUAAAAAAAAAAAAAAAAAAAAAAAACGAGGAUUUAAGCUUGGAAUUAUUGAAUAACCAAAAUAUGACCCCCAGUUAAGAGAAGGUUGAGAGUAAUUUUACAAUAAUGCUGCAAGUCUUUUAUAAAGUUUGAAUACAAAUAAUUGUGCAAUAUUUUCUUCACUGUGUAAAUAAAAUGUAUUUGUUUUCAAAAGACAUUAACAUGUAAUACAACCUAAACAUAGUCAUACGGUUAUAAUGACUGAUCUUUAGUCAUGUGGUAUAACCAGUUAUACAGGUUUAGUUUUUUCUAAAAAGCCUUGUUACAUGUGGGCCAUGUUUGAAUUAGCAGGUGAUCCAUUAGCCAUAUGAACUGAACUUUAUUCUCAAAAUGUGUUUUUGGAUCAAAAUAGGGCAUGAAGUUGUGUGUAAAUUAAGUCAUUCUAAAACCAUAUAAAAUAAUUUUCAGAUAAAAGAAUAAGAUCAUGAUAUAUUUUUCCACUGUAUGGAUCAACAGGUCUGUGUGCUUUUUGAAUGUUUUAUCCUUUGUGAUCUCUUUGUAACUGUUCCAUUUGCAUUUUUAAUAAAUUACUAUUUAUUAAAACCAAA